AGUAUUGUGGUGUUAAAUGACUGAAGCAGUGAAGUCUGUAACCGAUAGAAAGACCCAAUUUCAUUAUGACCAACAGCAGUAGAUUUUAGGACUCCACUGAAGAACAAUGUGUGACUGGACGACUGUGUGUGGGCACCUGUUUGCUGCUUGCAGACUGUCACCAUGAGGGAGCAACGUUAAAUGGAUGUGACUGCUCUGAUUGCACUCCAUGGGAAAGCGAGAAGAAAUAGCCAACCUCUGAUCAUCAACGCGUCAUAUAAUGUUUCAACGGACGCCCCUCCCCCUGUCUCGUUUUUCCCCCCUCACUCAACCUCUCCUUUGACUCACAGAGGCGGCUCACCACUGGUGCACGGACCGUGGAGGAUACGGGCAGAAGAUGGCUGACUUAGCCGCGCACCUCAAGCCCUCGGCGGCAUCACCAGCGUCACACGGGCCGCUGAAAAGCUGCAAGACAUCCGCCGUCUGGCGACUGUAAACAGCUGCCGCUGCCUCUCUCACCCCCUCCUCACCCCUCCUCACCGCAGAAGUAUCUCAGAGAAAACAUGGCAGAGAUGGAAAAAGAGGGCAGACCUCCGGAAAAUAAAAGAAGCCGAAAACCAGCUCACCCGGUCAAAAGGGAAAUAAAUGAAGAGAUGAAGAGUUUUGCAGAGAACACCAUGAACGAGCUGCUGGGCUGGUAUGGCUAUGACAAGGUGGAGCUGAGAGACUCUGACAACCUGGAGAUAGGGGAGACGCCACAGCACAUCUCUGUCCUCAAAGAAAACUUGUUGCCAAAAAUCCCAGCUUCAACAGAGAGCAGCGAAGCCUCUCCGGAUCGAGCCAACAGCUCCCAGUCUUUGCCAGCCUCCAGGAACGGAGUCACAGAGUCCUCCACCACUCCGUCCACCUCCAUGCCCAGUACCAAGGAACAUGGAAACCUGCCCAUCAUAGUCCCCAUGAUCCCCCCGCCACUGAUCAAGCCCUCUGCAGAUGAAGAUGCAUCCAAUGUGCAGAUCAUGUGCGCCUGGUGCCAGAAGGUUGGUGUCAAACGCUAUUCUCUGAGCAUGGGGAGUGAGUUGAAGAGCUUCUGCAGUGAGAAGUGCUUCGCCGCUUGCCGCAGAGCCUACUUUAAGAGAAACAAGCUGGGAUAUAUAAGGAAUUACACUGCGAGAGACGACGAUGGCCUCGGUGGGAAAUUACCCCAGCACAGCUUUACUCAGGACACGCCCAGGCUUGUCUUCAAGACAAACAGCGAUGUGCUUGUGUGUGACUGGUGCAAACAUAUACGCCACACUAAGGAGUACCUGGACUUUGGUGCUGGUGAGCGAAGGCUGCAGUUCUGCAGUGCCAAAUGCCUGAAUCAAUAUAAGAUGGACAUUUUCUACAAGGAGACCCAGGCGGCACUGCCUGGAGCAUUGUGUAACCCAGGACAUGGGGCUGGUGGGGAUGGUAAGAUGGAGUGCGGUGGAGGGGUCCAGCUGCUUACUCCUGAAUCCUGGGGGACGCCGUUAACAGACUUCCGGCGUAAAGCUCCUUCACCAGGGGGGCCUAACAACACCUCUGCACUGGCCCCUUCCACUUCUUCUGCCACCCCACCCUCGGACACUGCUGCCGUCUGCUCCCCCUCCUCCUCCUCCUCAGCCAAGAUCCCCACACCCAGACCCCACGAGAGCCCCACACUUCACCCUCCGCCUGUUCCCACUUUGCAUCCACCUGUCGGGGUUCCUCCUGGUAGCCCUCCCAUGGUGAUGACACCCCGGGGACCCAUGCCCCUGCCACUGUUCAUGGAGCAUCAAAUGAUGCAGCAGAUGCGUCCACCAUAUCUUCGACCCUCUGCCCACCCAGGGGGGCCCCAUAGCCCCAUGUCAAACCCUAUCAUCCCUGGUAUUGGUCCACCACCUCCUCCUAGGACCAUGGGUUCAGCGUCAAGCCCCAUGCACAGGCCCCUGCUGUCUCCACAUGUCCACCCCUCAUCCAAUCCCAACCCUGGCAUGAUGCACCAUGGUCUCCCCAUGCCAGGCCUACCCCCUUUCCCCCCAGUCAACAUGAUGCCCAAUGGACGCAUUCCUCUGCCGCCAAUGAUGAACUUUGGCAUGGCGUCCUUGGCCCCAUUGGUACCCCCACCAACUCUCUUGGUCCCUUAUCCUGUCAUUGUACCCCUCCCAGUCCCAAUCCCUAUUCCAAUCCCAAUUCCCUUCAGCCCCAAAACAUCCAGGGACCAGCCAGAGAGUAGUGGCACCUUCCGCAGUGCUCCAGAGUCAUCCGAAGCUUCAGCUUCUGGACCUCACUCUCCACGUUCCUCUGGUGGUGACAGAGGGGAGCAGAAAGUAGAGCCAGCUGAUGCAGAGCAUCUCUCUCCUGGACACUCACAGAGAAGCAGGACAUCGCUGGUGGAUUUGACAGUUAAGGCAGAGGAUAAUUCAGGCAACCUGUGUCUAACCAGCGGCCCUGGACUGAUGGAUGGGGUGAUUGAUCUAACUGUGGGCCAGAGGCCAUGCCAACAGCAGGUAAUUCAAAGGAUGCUACCUGGGGUCCAGGUCAAAAUAGAGGCAGAGGCUGAAUCAAGAUCUUCACCAGCUGCUGGGCUUUUUUGGGAAGGGAAGGGCAGUCGUAAUGGGGGGAAAGGGGCCCUCUCACAGGACCUUCUCAGUGCUACGAAGCUGGAAGGGGUCACACACCUAAACACACUGGAAUCAUCAGGCCCACCCUCCAGCAACAGCAGCUCUUCUUGCCAUGAGGAUCUUCCAGUGAGCCAGCUAAAUCCUUGUAACUCUAACCAUACCCCACCACCCUUGCCCAGCACAGGACAGACCCAACCCCUGCCCCACCUCCAAACUAGCCCUGCUGCCCCACGUAACGUCAUAGUCAAUGGUACAGGAUGGCAUUCCCUUCUCACUCCUGCCUUUGAGUCUUACCCUGAUCGAAGAGGAGACAGUGUUGCAGGAGAAGGAGAAGCAGAGGAGCAGGCAGCCAACGGUGAGCUGGAGCAUGAGGCACUGAAAGAGAACAAUUGCUCAGUUGUAGAUUGGGAGCCGGGGAAGCGGGGCUCAGUGCAAGACGAGACAGACACAGUGGAGGGUAAGCCAGAUCCUGACUCCAACAUGGAGGAAGGUGAGCACGCCUAUGCCCUGCCGCUGCUGUCUACCGGAGGCUGUGUGGUCAUCCAGCCUGUGCCAAAGCCUGCCGCUGACAAGACAGCCAUCCUGUCCUGCUCCAUCAGUGCCCCUUUAUCAGCAGACGGGAGUCCUGAGCUGGAGCCGCCGCUAAAGAGAAGGUGUCUGCGAAUCCGCAAUCAAAACAAAUGAGAUGGACGCUCUGAGGACCACAGUGCCAUCAACGAAUCUCACUUGUCCACCCCAUACCUCCAAAUCCAACCCUUCCCAACUACACCACCGCACACACACACACACACACAUGCACAUUUUUCUUGUUCUCAUUCAUCGUCCAGUCUACCAGCACCACAAAUCGCCUUCGACGACUGAUGAGAGUCCAACCAAACAUAUUGAUGUGUAUCCUAGUAGAGCAGACAGGACUCCUUUUGUCCAUGUGACAGACCCUCUGAUGGACUGAACGUCCACGGACUUGAUGUUGUGGCCAGCAGGAUUGCUUGACCUUUGAACUGCAGACAGCAUAUCCCAGCAACAGCAGGACGUUACCCAGCUGCUUCUCUCCUCACUUAGAGACUCUCAGCCCACACUGCCCCUUCUACCUGAUCUACCCUCCCCUAUCAAAGCAAGUGUUCUCCAUACUGUCUGUUACUAUGGAAAGCACCAGAGUGAUAGGUGAAGGAUCCCCAAAGACAGAUUUCCAUCCACCAAUGAAAUGCUCCAACCUGGUAGCACACCACAGGUACAAAAAUCUCUGCUCCAGUAAGUGAUAAUUUUUCUUCACUCAACUUGUCACUAAGGUAUAAACUGAUCUCUCGCAGUUGAAAGAUUCAUUUUUUGGGGCUUAUUCCCUUAUUCCAGAGUGACAGUGGAUAGACAGGAAAAGUGGGAGAGAGAUGGGGGAUGACUUGAAGGGCUGCAGGUCGGAUUCAAACCCAGGCCACUGCAAAGGCCGCAGUCUAUAUGAGGGCGCACACGCUCACCGGGUGAGCUAGAGGUCCCCCCAUCUUUCCAUGUUUAGAUCGUAGAGCCACAGAGCUGAGAAAAAAUAGCCGAAAGUCUGCUCUAUCUAACCAGCAAAAAUGUACUUGCCAACCUGCCACAAAAUGUUCUGGGUGAUUCUGAUGGAUGGUAGCGAAAAAGAAGCAGAACAAGCAUGAAUACAGGUAAUGCAAUAUAGCUAAGGGGCAAAUUAAAGAGAUUUUUCAAUCAGAGGCUGGAAAACGGUCCUUGCACAUAAAAUCACCAAUUAUUCCUACUUAAUCAGCAAACUGGAGAAAACAAUAUUAAAUUUCACCUGCAAGUAAUAGUGUGUUGGUGGAAUCAUACAAUAUCUGCCAUAUUUUCCAGUAGCAUCUAUUUGUUUGCUCUUGAAUCAAAUUGAAAAACAAGUUGUUACACAAGAAGGAGACAGAGCUUUCAUGAUAAUCAUUCAUACUAUUGACAUUUUCACACCCACUGGAAUGCUGUCUGUGUUCUUAAACAGUAAGCCAUACUAGUAACAGUGAUCGGUUCACUGCUGUUAAAGAAGAGUUCAAGGCUUACUGCACCUCCAAAACAACUGGGAUGGCAUGGCGAUGUAGAAACUCUGCCAAUCUGCAGUGGGUCCUUGCUACCGCAGGCUAGUACUCAAUCUUUUCUAUAAUACAUUACCAGUGAUGUUCCUGGAAUGGGCUAGUUCGAAACUGACUGCGCUGCAUUUAGAGGGGGCAGAGGGAAGCCAGCUCCUUCAUAAAUAAUCAUUUUGGGACCUGGAGGGAACUUUACACUACAGUUUUUCUACAAUUAACACUAAAGACAUAUUCAUUUUGGAAAUAAUUUGAGAAAUAUAUAUAGCAUUGCCUCUUGAUUGUCCACCAGUCCUGCCAACUUUUUUUGCCAAUAAUUAUUUGUUUUAAGUCAAAUUUAAAGCCAACAUUGUCCUUGAUUCAGUGGCAUGCUAUAUGUACAGCUUUUUGUCACCCAUCCAGUUUGAUCUGUUCCAGUUCCACUACAGCUUAAACGUCUGAGCCAGCAUUUAGUUUACACUCCUAUGGAGGAGGUACAUUGUACCAGUGCGAGACAAGGUGUUAUCAUAUGUUGAAGGAUUCUGGUGUGUUGAAACAAAACAUGUCACCUAGUUUUCAGUGGAAACAGGAUUUCAAACUGAAGAUUUGACCAGAUAAUUUAUAGUUGCCAAAAUACAAGCACUUAUUUAAAUAAAUAAAAAGAUACCGAAGAACACAAGUGGAUGUCAAAAACAACAUUACCUGAUCCUUAAUCAUGUGUAAUCAUGUGCAUUGCUUUGCAUCCCCAUCCUAUCUAUAACUGUUUUUCCUGUAGCUUUUGUUUUAUUGCUGUCAUGGUGAGACAACGUGUGAUUCAUUCUGUGUCCAAUACACAUACACAUAUUCACAUGUCACAAGCAUACCUACAGUACACAUACUCAUGUCUCACGCUCAAUGCACAUAGUACAUGUAACUGUGUGUACGUGUUUGUGUGAGGGAGUUGCAAGCAGAGAGCCCAGUUGAGAUUACAGAGUGUUGACUCAGAGUAAUCAGUGUGCAACUCUAUCUGUUGCCUGUUAGUUAGGCAUUUAGGCUUAGCUUGCUGCUAGCCAGGGCCCAGCUUUGGUGUCACUUUAAGCAAUUCCUUGCACCCGCUUCAUUUCUCUGCAAGUAGAGGCAGUGAAAAUGCUCUUUUUAAGCUGCUUGUUUAUGUCUUGUCUACCUUCUGCUGAAUUUUUCCAUUAGUAGAGAUAUUCCUUUCUGUAAUUCUUUCACAAAUACCCAGAAGCACAUCAUUUCUGAAAUUAAAGAUGAUGUCUGAAGAAUAGAUAUUGAGCAAUUGCACCCCUACUCCUAUACGUUUUCUCAUCCGGGAUCUUGCUAGUGAAAAAAACAGAAACCAGUAAUGAUGUAACCAAGAAACUGGACAUUGUAGUUUCCGUACUAUGGGAGUCAUACAAAAACAGGGCCAGGAUUUUAGAGGUCAUGAGCCCUCCAAACCUAAUUUAGUAUUUUUUUCUGUUCAAUUAUACUUUCUGUAAAUGCCAUCAAAGUUAUAAAAUACCCACUGUUUGUAGGUUUUUAUAAUGUUUAGUCCCCCCAGGUUGCAAAAUCAUACUGAGGACAUGGCUUUAGUAUCCUCAAUGGUAGCUAACACCUACGACCCUGUACAAAUCUGAGCCACUGAUACAGCCCUGUCCUUUGAAGCAGGACGGGUUACAGUUUCCUAUUUGUUAGUGAGUGAGCCUGCAUCAUGCAGUUAAAAAGAAGGUGAAAGGCUAUUCUGUUGGUCAACUCAACUGUUAGGUGAGGAGAACAGCAUUUUCUUUAUUUUAUUUUUUAAAAUUAUCCAUGUGUCCUGGUUAGCUCCUUUGUUAACUGCUACAAGCUAACGCUUUAGCAUACGCUGCACUAAGGCUGACAGGCUGCUAGCAUUUUCAGGGAAGGAAGACCGACCUUUUGAAGGAAAAGAAAGAUUGUCAAUGUUAUUGUUAUAUGACAUUGUAGACUGAUCAUUCUAGCAGUGUGGAGAUGAAUAAUGGCUAUGUGGGCAGAUUGCCAUAAAAUGUACAGAUGUUGAUGUUGACGUUGAUGUUGAUCAGAGGAUGAACCCUUUCAAAUUUAGAUUCUGCAUGAGCUGUCGUCAAGCGCCGCCCCCCCAGUACAAAAUAUCUAUGUCGUACCUGACAUGCAGUAUCUUAAGCUAUGUUUUGAGUUAAAUGAAAGGAUUUUUACCCCUCUGCCAAAUGUCGCUUAGCUUAGCUUAGCAUGAAGACUGGAAACAGAGGUAAAGCUUUUCUAGCUUUGUCCAAAGUUUAAAAACAUCUGCCUACCAGCACCUUUAAAGCCUAUUACCUAACACAUUAUAUCUUGCAGUUUUCCAGUCUUUAUGCUAAGCUAAGCUAACCAGCUGCCAUUUGUAGCUUCAAAAGUGAAUUUCCCAAAAUGUUGAUUCUUCCUUUUAAUUUGCUCCCCCAAAGGACAAAUGGACUCUAAUUUUUUUGGUUAUCUAUUCCUGACCCUUCUUUUGCAAUCACCAGCCAAACGUGCAACUGUAAUCCUACUGGCUGAUCUCCCAGAAUUUCUCUAAGCAAGUCAUUAUCUAUACCAGAAAUUUCAUGUUAAUUUAAAAGGUGAAGGGGGCUUGAUUUUUGCUGAGGAACUAAUCAAAAUCUUUUGUAAUGUCUGGUUUUCUCUUGAUUCUCUUGUUACACACUAGACACACACAGACGACCAAUGUGCAUGUUAUGUCUGACCCUAAUCUGCACCAUGUUAAGUUGGCAUUGCCGGUAUGCUGUCCAUGUCUGAGACAGAUAUUGAAGAUAUGAGAGCCUAACUCUCACCUGGAAAUCCUGGACCACUGAAUCAGUCUUUGUGAUGGCAAACAGACUCGUGACAAAUCUCCAGCACUCCUUUUUUGAUGAUGGACUACAGGCCUGGUCAACAGCCUGAAUUAUGCAAUGACAACUAACUCCAACCCUAUUAUAGACGAGUGGUCCACAGACAAAAGAAAACAUGACAUGACUUCAUGUUACUUUUCAAAAACAACAGAGAAGUUGCCUUAACUCUUGCUUGUAUAAUCUCUACAGUUAAGACAAUGAUGCUCGCUUGUAAAGAAGAAUCUCCCUUCUUUGUACAAAAUGAAAUAUACCAGAAACAACAACUUUGUUAUCUAGCUAGUGUCAAUGUAUAGAUGAUCAGCUUUUUCUGUAACUUGUAUGGACCGUCACAUUUUUGCUAAGAAGAAACCCUCCUCCCAACUUCCUUGUUCCUAAACAUCCAAUCUGUUCAACGUUUUAACUUGUGGUGGACUGUCAAUCUUUUUGUGUACAUUUUAUAGUAUUAUUUAUUGUUGACAAGUUUUGCAUUUGCAAAUAAUUAAAAAAAAUGAAGGUGGUUUGACCUAAGCAUUCUAUUCCAAUGAAAAUGCCUGGGGAACAGUGAACAGCUCUUUUUAAUUAUUAAAAUGGAGAAAACAGUGAUAUGAGGAGAUGAUCUUCUGUCUUUUUAUUAUGACGUUGUAACAUGUGCAUAACAUGUGGCCAAAAUUGCUUUGGAAAAUAAUAUUUUUUUGUGUUGUAACAGUAUUUGUUUUAUCCAGUGAAUUGCUCAUGAAGACAAAUAAAUAAGAG